AUGGAUAACUGGCCCACCGAUAACAGAACUACAAGAGUCGUCUCGGGUCGCGCAGGAAAGAGCAAGGCCCCGCCGCCUCGAGAUUAUCCUUACAUAGAAGGCGGCGCGACCAAUGCCGUUACAUUAAUUGAGCACCAGGGCAAGUUCAAGUGGGAUUCGCUUGUAGCAUCCAAACCUAACGGAAACGCAGGGCCCAUCGUACGCGCACAGGACACACAAAUCAUCUUCCCCGCCACACGUCCCCCUGCUAUCCAAAUACCUCCUACUACUAUCAAGGAGAGGGCAGAACAGGGCGCGCAUUUUCUACGUACAUAUCUUCCCGAUGUAGAGAUUACAAGCGAAGUGAUUCGAGAAGAAGUCACUAAAGACGCAGUACAUCUACGAGGAUACGCGGAAUUAGAUCCAUACAAGAUGGACAUACUUGCCUCGUUUUCUCAGCCUUCAGGCUCCCAUCAUGUACCUGCUUUCCUGGCCUUUCCUAUGGGAGAACUGAAUACUAACCUGAAUAUCUCACCCUUCAUAAUUUCCGAAGACAGUAAUUUAGUCUUUACUCCCACCGCAAGCCCCAUUCGAUCAUUUGAUACGCCUAUCCAGCAGAUUGCUGCGUCUACGAGUAAUCUUGCUGUUCGCACAUAUGGAUCAACGACCUUGUUCCACGUAAUCCCCAACAACGCUACCCACUCUUCCUCUGUCAUGUCAUUGGAGGAACUGGCAUCCAUUCCUACAUCAUCAACAGCUCGCCGUUCAGUCACAGAUAUUAAUUUACACCCUUCCUCGGGCGAUGUAUGUAUAGUCAACGAUCUCGGUGCUAUCUUCAGAUGGAGUCUCUUGGAGAAUCGAAGGAUUGACGGAACCCAGCAAUUCAACGAUCGGUCGAGACUGGAGAAUUUUGCAGAUACGUCGGUUAAUCCGCCACAGGCGACUCGGUCACCAACUGAGUUGUUCUGGAGGCUCUCAAGGGGUAUCGACUCUAAUGCCUUAUACCGAGCUUCGUCCAAAACAGUUGAUGCUGUAGACUUGCGUUCUUCCUUUAAUCCAGCACAAUGCUUCAAUCUUGAUCAGAAGGAUGAAUUGAUCACGUCGAUAGAAGCCGUUUCUUCCGACAACAUCAUUCGACUUGUCACUACCAAAGAGCUUGUAUGGCUUGACACCCGGUUUCCGGGAAGACGACCGCUGCUGGCGUAUAAACAUGGUCGGCAGUACGACCGAACCCUCUCUACGCAAACUGUAGCUAUGCAAGGACAACCCUAUACCUUUCUCUUAUCCCAGAAUACCUCUUUAGUGACUGUCUACGACGUAGGUCGCUCAAAAGACCAGCGUAUACAGGUGAAUCGCCGCCCAUAUUGCUUGGCUUCGGACGGUACUCAUGGCGUGCCGUAUUCCGGCCAACUAUUUCUCAACCAUCCAUAUCAAGACAGUGGGAAGGGAACUAGUCUGUUUCGGCUGUCUCAUAGCGGUGCCCUGUAUCGUGUCGAUGUAAAUCUGGACGUUCAAGAUGGCGAUCAUGACUCGGAGAUGUCCUCACCCAAGGUGCGAUGGAGGGACGAUGUCGCUGCACUCGACGUCCAAUCCCGUUUACUCCGUUCUGACCCUGGUCCAUUGGGCGCCCACGACAAGAGUGUGGUGAAUUUGCUUAUGUUUCAAGAUCAUUUUGCUGCCGAAGCGGCUGACGUACAAAAGACACGGACGGGUGUCGCCGAUAUCGUUGAAAGGAUGCCCUCAUUUUGGCAGGAGUCAGCUGAGCCUGUGGAACAUAUGUUGACGGUUUACGAUAUCGCUUUCCGCACUGGCGACGAACCUGCUCAAAGCUCUCGUGCUGACUUUUUCACCCAAAGUCCUAUCACAUCCUCAAGCGGGUAUCGAGCUCUAUCCCAAGAUCUUUUGCCAACUACUUCUAUAGCAAGAGACGCUAAGUGGCACUAUAGCCUUGCCAACACUUUCAGAGCUCUGAGCAUCGAGGCUGAGACCGACGUCUCGUUAUUAGAUGGCCAGUUUCAUCGAUAUGACCUCAAACAUCAUCCUGAAAGGACCUAUGCUGCGAUUCAAAAGGAGCAGGAAGCCCGGCAGAAACUCAUCGUCGAUCUGAGACUCGGUUCAGAUGUAUUCUCUGCCCAACCAUUUGCCCCAAAGCCGAUGUCGACCACCCCGUUCGAAACAAUGUCUCGCGCGACACAAGCGUUGACGCUGGGUGGGGAACCACCCCCUGUCGAAUAUGGCUACCUUAAACCUUUUCUCGGUGAAAAGGGUGAAGAGAGUCCUGAAGAAGAUCACACCCCUCUUGGUGUGCGACUUUUGCUCAAGGAAUGGGACGUCGGUGCCAAUCCCCACGAAUAUAUCUACCACGAUCCUUACGACGAUUCAUCUCCUCAGUUGACUCUGCUACGGAGUAUCGAGGAACCCUCGAGCAAACCAACCGAAGCGUCUAAACUGCCUUCGCAAUCACAGCGACCACCAACAGUCAUUCCCGCGAAAUCCCUUAUUCCGACGAUAAAAAAGCAGCCCGAACUUAGUAUGCGUACCAGAAUGACUUUCGGGAGCUUCUCGCAGGCCCCUGCAUUUCAGGCUACAAGUACAAGUCAGCCUGCUGGGCCGGAGGAGAGUCAGUACACUCAAGAAGAAGUAAUGGCCAGUACCCAGGUUGAGCCAGGUCCGUAUGGUGGACGGCCUUCGACUGCGAAGAAGAAGCAAGCGAAGAAGCAGCGUAUGGGAGGAUUUUGA